AUGGAUCCACCCGACCCCAGAAAUGAUCCCCGAUACGCGGCUCUGCAUAGACCACGACAGAGUCCAGUCAAAGACAACCCGUGGGUGUGGGUGUUUGGAGAUGCAUCUCAGCGGGAGAAAGAACGACCAGGACUCGGAACCGCCCAAUCAGGCGCGCAGUUGGAGAGGAGGGCGUGGCUUCCGGAAUUUGGCGGGGUCUUUGUCUCUCGCUCCCGCCAGAGGUUGGCAUCUGUCUCCACUGUUCCGCGUCCUCUACCUCGGAACCCCGACCCCCGCCUGGCGACUUUGUCACAGCCUCUGUUGCCCUGUGAUCUGCAGGUCCUGGGAGACGCACAGCUAAGACGCCAAGGCAUGCUGGAAGCUGGGAAGUGGUGCGUAUGCGGGGUUGGGCAUCCCGAGAGGGGAGAGCGGGCUGUGAAACCUGCAGGACCGGCCUCCCCACAGUCCGCUCCCGGGUCCGCCGACCUCAGUCCUCUCUGGCGCUGCUCCGCCCCAGGCCUCUCUGGCCGCAAGAUGGCGGCUGAGCCCGCAGCCGGAACCCCCAGCGUCUCGCCUCAUCCCUGCUGGGCGCCCUGUCUGGACCUCCUUGGGCAGCUCUGCGCACGCAGCCCCGAGUAUUUCCCAGAGUGUUUAGGGAUGCCAGGCACGCAGCUACAGCAAACAGGGCGUCUUCCGAGAUUUGGCGCGGCCUUUUGUCUUUCGCUGCCGCCGAAGCUCCAGGUCUCGUCUAUCUGCUUUGUGUCCUCUGCUCCUAGAAGCCCAGCCUGUGUGGCCCUGCGACCUGUGGGUAUUGGGAGAGCCACAGCUAAGACGCCAGGGCCCCCUGGAAGCCUAGAAAUGGGAGCAUUGACAUUUAGAGAUGUGGCCAUAGAAUUCUCUCUGGAGGAGUGGCAAUGUCUGGACACUGAACAACAGAAUUUAUAUAGAAAUGUGAUGUUAGAUAACUACAGAAACCUGGUCUUCCUGGGUAUUGCUGUCUCAAAGCCAGACCUGAUCACCUGUCUGGAGCAAGAAAAAGAGCCUUGGAAUGUGAAGACACAUGAUAUGGUAGCCGAACCCCCAGUUAUAUGUUCUCAUAUUGCCCAAGACCUUUGGCCAGAGCAAGGCAUAAAAGAUUAUUUCCAAGAAAUCAUACUGAGACAAUAUAAAAAAUGUAGACAUGAGAAUUUACUGUUAAGAAAAGGCUGUAAAAGUGUGGAUGAGUUUAAGAUGCACAAAAAAGGUUAUAAUAGACAUAACCAGUCUAUUACAACUACCCACAGCAAAAUAUUUCAGUGUGACAAAUAUGUGAAAGUCUUUCAUAAAUUUUCAGAUUCAAACAGACAUAAGAUAAGACAUCCUUCAAAGAAACCUUUCAAAUGUAAAGAAUGUGGAAAAUUAUUUUGCAUUCUUUCACACUUAGCUCAACAUAAAAAAAUUCAUACUGGAGAGAAACCCUACAAAUGUGAAAAAUGUGGCAAAGCCUUUAAUGAGUCCUCAAACUGUACUACACAUAAAAGAAUUACUGAGAAAAAACCUUACAAAUGUAAAGAAUGUGGCAAAGCCUUUAACUGGUUUUCACAUUUUACUACACAUAAGAGAAUUCAUACUGGAGAAAAACCCUACCAAUGUGAGAAAUGUGGCAAAUCUUUCAACCAAUCCACAAACCUUACUACACAUAAAAGAAUUCAUACUGGAGAGAAACCGUAUAAAUGUGAAGAAUGUGGCAAAUCCUUUAACCAGUCCUCAAACCUUACUGAACAUAAGAAAAUUCAUACUAAAGAGCAACCAUACAAAUGUGAAAAAUGUGGCAAAGCUUUUAAGUGGUCCUCAACCCUUACUAAACAUAAAAGAAUUCAUACUGGAGAAAAACCCUACAAAUGUGAAGAAUGUGGCAAAGCUUUUAACCGAUCCUCAACCCUUAAUAGACACAAGAUAACUCAUACUGGAGAGAAACCCUACAAAUAUAAAGAAUGUGGUAAAACUUUUAACCAAUCCUCAACUCUUACUACACAUAAGAUAAUUCGUACUGUAGAGAAAUUUUACAAAUGUGAAGAAUGUGGCAAAGGCUUUAGCCGGAUCUCACACCUUACUACACAUAAGAGAAUUCAUACUGGAGAGAAACCCUACAAAUGUGAAGAAUGUGGCAAAGCUUUCAACCAGUCCUCAACCCUUACUACACAUAAAAGAAUUCAUACUGGAGAGAAACCCUAUUAAUGUGAAGAAUGUGGCAAAGCUUUUAACCGGUCCUCAACCCUCACUACACAUAGGAUAAUUCAUUCUGGGGAAAAAAUCUACAAAUAGAAACCCUACAAAUGUGAAGAAUGUGGCAAAGCUUUUAACCAGUCCUCAAAUCUUACUAAACAUAAGAUAAUUCAUACUGGAGAAAAACCUACAAAUAAACUCUACAAUCCUGAAAGUUGUAACAAUGCUUUUGACAACACCUCAAACUUUUCCAAACAUCAAAGAAAUACUGGUGAGAAAUUUUAG